CUCCUCCGCCAUGAUGUUUUCUAACUAAGCAGCUAGUGACUGUUGUGGAGAAGGGAGGUGCAAUGGAUGGAUGCGUUGCCCCGCUACGCUGUACAUAUUUGUCUUAGUUUAAAGAGAAUGAGCUUCUCUGAUAAUUUUUUACCCGUAGAAAUACUCCACGCUGUUGCGGAGGGCUGCUAAUGCUCCGGGAGACACGUUUUUCGUUAUAGUUUGAAGAUUAGCUGGCUACACAGGCUAGCUCCUCCUUGCUGUCUACCAUCGCAUUCUUGCGUCUCCUGCCUCAGGAAUGUUUUCCAAAAAACCUCAUGGGGACGUUAAAAAAUCCACACAGAAAGUGCUGGACCCAAAGAAGGACGUGCUGACGAGGCUCAAGCAUCUCAGAAUAGUCAUAGAAAAUGCGGAGCCGGCCGAGCUGAAGCAAUUCUUCGACCUGAACUAUUCUCAUAUCUACUAUGUUUUCUUUGAGAAUUUUGUCACCAUUGAGGUCAGCCUCAAGCAAAAAGGUCAUAAAUCUCAGAGGGAAGAGCUGGACUCGAUCCUCUUCAUCUUUGAGAAAAUACUUCAGCUCCUACCCGAGAGAAUCCAGAGCCGAUGGCAGUUCCACAGCAUUGGGCUGAUUCUGAAGAAGCUGCUGCACACUGGGAACUCUCUGAAGAUCCGCCGUGAAGGUGUGCGCUUGUUCCUGUUAUGGAUGCAGGCCUUACAGAGUAAUGCAGAACGUGAGCAGCUCUGCAUGUUUGCCUGUUUGAUUCCUGGAUUCCCGGCUCCGCUCUGCCACGGGACCCCACGGACCCUGGAUACUCUAAUCAACCCACCACUGAGUUUGACAGAGACUCAGGUGAUUCCAGAAGAGAUCACUCCACUUGUUCCUCCCCAGUCAGGUGAUAAGAACCAGGAAGAUCUCACUGCCUACUUCCUAGAAGCUCUACUGAAAUACAUGGUAAACCAGGCAAAGUCUCUAGAGUGGCGGUGUAAAGAGAACCAUGAACGUGGCUUCAGUUUCCUCUUUGGUCAUUUCAGGAAGUUCUACCUUCCUCACAUCUUUCCCAACUUCUCCAUGGAAACCAGCCUCUACAGCCCCAUGCUGGAUGUGCCUCCUAUGCGUUCUAAGCCGUACUACAGUGUUGUGCGCAGAGAGCAGGACAGCGGCGAAACGCUGUAUUGCACUAAGGAAAGUUUCCUUCAGGCUCGAGUUGUCUUUAUCCGCUGGCUGGUUUCCUUCUGGCUCGAGCCACGACCCAACACACAUACCCACAUCCCAGGAACAGAGGGAGAGAAUGUCCCCAAGAACAUACAGCGAGCAGCAGCUGGAUUUGCAGCUCGCUCCACAGGCAGCUCAGAGGACAGCGGUGGGGGAGGGAUUCGAUCUGACAGCCACCUUGAAGCAAGCGGAAGCUCAAGUGGGCGAGGAGGAGGAAGCAUGGAGCUCUCCGGAGGUGCAGGGACUGAACCUGAACAGAGCCACUCGAACACAUCUACACUGACAGAGAGAGAGCCCAGCUCCUCCUCACUCUGCUCCAUGGAUGAAGAGCAGCUGACAGACAUGGAGGUGGUGAGAAGAGUGCUGACCAGCUCCAGAACCAACGUCAACUUCAUCACAGAGAUCUUUCGACAGGCGUUUCUUCUUCCCAUGUGCGAGGCAGCGGCAAUGCGAAAGGUGGUCCGAGUUUACCAGGAGUGGAUCUCCAUGGAAGACAAACCAGUUUUCAUGAAGGAGCCAGAGGAGGGCCCUUAUCCUAUAGUCACGGCCACAAGUAUGGAUACAGGCUCGCAAUUCGGAGACAAAGAUGAUGAGGGAAUGAAUAAAGUGAUUGACAGUGAAUUGUUGGAAUACAGUGUUCAUGCUGGAGUUCAAACUACACUACAGGUGUUUAUCACCCACUCCUCUAACGUUUUCCUGCUGGAACCAGCCAACGACAUUAAGAUCCUUUUGGAGGAGCAUGUCGAUAUGUGCAAGCGAGUCCUGAACAUCUACCGCAGCCUUGUCAUGCAUGAAACCAUGGACCAGAAGACAUGGGAGCAGAUCUUGCUGAUUUUGCUGAGGGUGACAGAGUCAGUAAUGAAAAGGCCUCCAUCCAUCAUGCCUCAGGGCAAGAAGAACAACACAUUGUCGGGCAGAUUAGCUGGACCCAUCUUUCAGACACUGAUAGUAGCCUGGAUUAAGGGCAACUUAAAUGUCUACAUAAGCAGAGAGCUGUGGGAUGACCUCCUCUCUGUCCUCUCCUCCCUAACCUGCUGGGAGGAGCUGGUCACUGAAUGGUCACUGACCAUGGAGACGCUUACAAAGGUUUUGGCAAGGAACCUGUACAGUGUCGAUCUGAAUGAGCUGCCUCUCGACAAGCUCAGUGAACAAAAACAGAAGAAACAUAAAGGAAAAGGUAUUGGUCCGGAGAGCCAGCGGCAGGUUGUCGAUCGUUCCUUCUCUAAAGGCUGGAGCAGAGACCAACCAGGCCAGGCAGCCGCCAUGAGACAGCGAAGCGCCACCACCGCUGGGUCACCAGGCAUCGAAAAAGCCCGCAGUAUUGUCCGGCAGAAGACUGUAGCCCUGCGUAGCUGUUCUACAGGGGAUUCUCUGCUGUCCUCAGCCUUUAUCCGGAGUGCUAAGAGUGCUCCUGCUCUGGCUCCACCUCUUCCUGUCCUCCUCCACCACCACCACCACCCUUUACUACCCCCCCUUGCCGACCAGCUGGCAGACCUCGAGGAUCCACCAAUCACACUGACAUCCCGCACGUCUCGGAUGCGCCACUCAUCCCAGAGCGACGAGACUCCUCCCAUCUCCUGUUCUGAGGUCUUCCAGGGUGGGGCUUGUGAUCUGGAUACCCCAGCCCCAUCCUCCCUUGCAAGGAGCAGCAGUGCCUCUGACAUCAUGGAGCCUUUCAUCACAGAGCGGGUCAAAGGUGAAGAUCCCCAGAGGGAUCCAAAUUUGAUCCCAAAUCCUUCUCCCCAUCACCACCACUCCACAACUUCUUCCUUACUCGUAACCAACAGCCACGCAGCUCAACCACCCUCACAGUCCCUCACCUUCUCUUCUCCCACCCCUUUUGCCUUCUCCAAUGGUGCUGUUUCCUCGUCCUCAGAGGUAAAAGAUGAUGGUAGUGUGUGCGAUCAAUUCUGGCACCAAAGUGUCUCUCGAAGCCGAGGUUCUAGUUCCGAUUGGGUGAGUGACUGGGACUCAGCCUUCGCCUUUCAACCUGAAAAGGAAGCUGAUGCAGAUGAGGGUGAAACUGGGGAAGAUGAUUUAUUCUCUUCUAUUAGGGACUACCUCAUUAACAAAGAAGCUGAGAGGAAGGGCGAGACAGGCGAGAAAGAUGGUCCCGGUCGAGCGGUAGAAAACAGCGUUGCUUUACCCGCACUCGUGCAAACAGGAUUGGCAAGAACACAGUUAGAAAACAGAGGGCAGCUCGGAGAAGCAAAGCAGGUGGUAAGGGAGGUCAGACAGGUAAGUAAAUCAGUGAGACAUAGCAGUGUGGAUUCUAUUGAGGAGAAUGAGGCAGAGCAGCCGAGUAUCUAUGAAUGCUUGGAGCUGCAGUGUCAGUGGCCAUCACCCAGUGCUAAGGUGGGCUCUAGUUUAGAAAGAACUACUGCUGAAAAGAAGGUUGUGGGAGGAAAUAGUGGAAAGGCAACCGUUUUGGAAGGGAAAUAUGACUUAUGGGGUGAUACAGAAGAGAAACAAGAUGAUAAAGAAAUGGCAGCAAAUGACAAGUCCAGUUUAAUUAGGCAAGAUACUACUGUGGGUGAAGGAAGCAGUGAAUCAGUUCCCCAAACUUCAGAACCCACUAAGACCAAGAUGUCCCGUAGUAGCACUAAGAGGCAUCAUUCUGGGGGUGUCCAUGUCAGUUUCCGGCCCUCAACUGAAUCUGUCCAGUUCCAUAACCCUCUUGAAAAUAAGGAGGCCCACUGGAAAGCCCGGCUACGCCGGCUCAGUCACUUCCACACACACAGCCACUCGGCUGGAGAGAAACCUGGGGUUGGAGCUGGGGCAGGGUCAGGGGGGAAGCUGGGAACAGGGGGUUCAGGUAAGUUUGGCUCUGUGGCUGUUAUCAGCCAUAGAACAGGCGUACACGAGAAAUUAGCAUCUGGGACUAUAACGGAUAGCAGUGGGACAGGGGGCACAGCAGGUCUGGAAACCCGGUCUGGGACUGGAGGGGACAAAGACAAGCAGCAUGCUGGAUCCUGUGUGGGAUCCAGUCAUGGCCCAGAGGUUCACUCUGAGGUGUUGUCAAGCAGUUCAGGUUCCUCAGGAGUGCGCGGACGUUUAGGACGUUCCGCCUUGCGAUCUAGAGCCUCCCGCUCACGCUCCCAAGAGCCAGGGAGCACUGCCUCACGGCACCACCAGGGGGCUCUUCUUGGUGGUGUUUAUAAGACUGUGGUUCACGCUCUGUCGUCCAAGCCUCGGCCCCAAGGUCAGGGGUCAUCCCAAGGCUCGUCGCCGCAGCGGCAGGCCCGGGCCACCAUGGGUGAUGCAUCACUCAGGGAUCUCUACUCCCAUGUCCUGGGCUACUUUGGACGAAAGACGACUACGCCAGCCAAUAAAGAGGAGGUGGUCCAGAAGGCCCGUCCAGUCUCCACUGAUGUUGGAAGCAGCAACCCAAACUUCUCUGACCUCAUGGAUGAGUUUAUCCAGGAGAGACUGAGGGCCAAAGGAACUUCAGGUCGCCGUGGCAGCAGCCCGGGAAGCCUGGAAGUUCCCAGGGAUCUGCCAGAGCUCUUGGAGGCCAGUCAUAGUCGUGAUGGAUCGCGACCCUUAGAUGAUCUUCGGCCUGUCGAUGAUCCGGGGGUUCCCUCUGAGUGGACGUCACCCGCUAGUGCCAGCGGUUCUGAUGUCAUCAGCUCCGACAGCCAGUCAGACUCCUUUAAUGCCUUUCAGUACUCCACCUGCAAAUUUGAUAAUUUUACUUUUAGCUCCGAGGCGUCUGCAGGGGGAGCUGGAUCUGCAGCAGGAGGGGGAGGAGGUCGAGGCAGCUCGCUGGAUCAGGACAGUCUUGGUGGGGGCGUGGCCUGUGAAGAGCAGGAGGUGGCCAGUUUGACGACACUUCACAUCGACUCAGAGACGAGCAGCCUGAGUCACACUGUCACGGUUACAGGUUCGGAGAGUGCAUCACCCAUGCAUUCACUCGGGGGCUCUCGUUCCCAGACUCCUUCUCCUGCCACUUUGACAGCAGAGCACACUGAGCACACGCAUUCCCACUCCCACACCCAUUUACAGCUGGACCAGAAACUCCACAACUCUGUCUUACAGACCCCCGAUGACCUGGAAACGAGUGAGUUCCCCAGUGAGGACUGUAGCGUGAUGGCGGGCGGCUCUCUGACCGGAUGGCACGCAGAUGUUGCCACAGUAAUGUGGCGAAGGAUGCUGGGUAUCCUGGGAGAUGUGAACAGCAUCAAGGACCCAGAAAUCCACGCUCAGGUCUUUGACUACCUGUGUGAACUUUGGCAAAACCUGGCCAAGAUCAGGGAUAAUUUGGGCAUUUCUCUGGAUAACCAGUCGUCUCCUCCACCCCCUGUUCUGAUCCCACCCCUGAGAAUCCUCACCCCUUGGCUCUUUAAGGCCACCAUGCUGACAGAGCGUUACAAGCAGGGGAAACUUCACGCCUACAAGCUGAUUUGUAGGAUCAUGAAGAGACGGCAAGACGUUUCACCAAACACAGACUAUCUGACACACUUCUAUAACAUCAUGCAUCAAGGACUUCUCCACCAAGACCAGGACAUUGUGAACACCAUCAUCAAGCACUGUAGUCCCAGGUUCUUUAGUAUCGGUCUACCUGGAGCCACCAUGCUGAUCCUGGAUUUCAUCAUCGCAGCUUCUAGAGUCACUGCCUGCUCAUCACUCAAUGCUCCAAGAGUUGAAGCACAGAUUCUUCUCGGAUCUCUGGUGUGCUUUCCCAACUUUUACGGGGAGCUUCCUGCUCUCCACCCCACCACAGCUGACGUGGUACUUACCAAGUUCCCUGAUGUCAAGGAGCAUAUCGUCAAAACCAUCCUGACCUCUGCCAGGGAUGAACCCUCUGCUCCUGCUAGGUGUGUGGCUUUGUGCAGUCUGGGGAUAUGGCUGUGUGAGGAGCUGGCCCACGGGACUCAACAUCCACAGAUUAAAGAUGCUCUCAAUGUGAUCUGUGUUACCUUGAAGUACCCCAAUAAGAGUGUAGCGCUGGUGGCGUCAGACAUCUUGCACCUUCUGAUCAGUUACGUUGAUCAUCUGCAGAAAUUCCCACCCGACACUCCAAAGAAGAUCGUAGAGAUUUUGAUUGCCACCAUCACAUACUUGCUGCCUACUACUGAGUCUUCACCUCAUGAACUGGAUAAAAGGCUGGUAGUUUCCCUCCUGUUGUGUCUGUUGGAUUGGGUGAUGGCACUGCCUCCAAAGACUCUUCUUCAGCCUGUGCAAACACGAAGCCCCCCAGAGAGGGACCAGCCUACCAAAACGCUCCUCAGCUGUAUUUAUAAGGUAUUACAUGGCUGUGUGUAUGGGGCACAGUCUUUCAGCAAUCCCAAGUAUUUCCCGCUGCAACUGUCGGACCUGUUGAGUCCAGACUACGACCCGUUCUUGCCUUUAGAGAACCUCCGAGAACCAGAACCGCUACACAGUCCGGACUCUGAGCGAUCCAGCAAACUGCAGCCAGUCACCGAAGUUCGUAGCCGUAUUCAGCAUGGCCUCGUCUCCAUUGCAGCCAGAACAGUUAUUACCCACCUGGUAAACCAUCUGGGACAUUAUCCCAUGUCCGGAGGCCCCGCUACUCUGUCCAGUCAGGUGUGUGAAAACCAGGACAAUCCGUUCUGUGAGAGUGCAGAUCUUGGGCCAGAACUUUUCCAUUCACCCAACCUGCAGUUCCUGGUUCUGAAUGGAUCCACGCUGCUGUCUGUGCUUCAGAUCCGAUCAGAGUCCGGUGUGCCAGGAGGCGGAAUGACGGCUGGUUUGUCCUCUGCUCCCGCUUGUGUUCGCGUCAUCAUCCGAGAUGUAGCUGGAAAACACUCGUGGGACUCCGCCGUCCUCUAUGGGCCUCCGCCAUGUUCUCCUAACAGUCCAGCGCACACACUUUUAACACACACGCAGUCACCUCACACUACAAAUCUUCAUUUACGCACCCCACCAGGAGGUCUGCUGAAAAAGAUGGGAGCGAAAAGAGAAGAUGGCGAAGAGGACGGGCAAGAGGAGAGGGGGGCAGAGGAGGGAGUGAGGAUGGAUGGUGACAGGCAGGAGUCUCAGGGAGAGGGAGAGGAGGAAGCAGAGGAGAGGAAAGCAAGUGAGGGGGAGAAAGAAGAUCAGAGAGAAGGUGGAGGUGGAUUUGAAAGGGAAGAAGAGGAGGAGGAGGAGAGAGAUGAACAUCGAAUGGAUAGUGAGGCAGAUCCAGCAAAGUUGAGUUUAGAGCAGCAUCUGGCUCCGCCAUUGGCUAAACGCGUGUGUCGGGAGGCGGUGCCAGCGUGGGACUCACUGAGAGAAGGAGAUGAUGCACUGGAUGAAAUGCUGCAGUAUCUGGGAUACUCGAGUCCUGAGUGUUUGCAGAGAGCAGGUAUGCCGCUCAACAUCCCAGCACCUCCUCCAGUGUGUGUUUCAGAGAAGCAGGAGAACGAUGUGAUCAAUGCCAUCCUGAAGCAAAGUGCUGCUGAGAGAGACUUCGUCCUUCAUAGAGGUGAGGAGCUGAACAUGAGAGCCGUGCAUCAGACUGAACCAGAGACUCAGGCGCCACAGUCGGCCUUCUAUUACUGCAGACUACUGAUCAACAUACUGGGGCUCAACUCCUGGGAGAAGAGGAGUAGUUUUCACUUGCUGAGGAAGAAUGAGAAAUUACUGAGAGAGCUGAAGAACCUGGAUUCACGGCAGUGCCGUGAAACCCAUAAAAUUGCAGUAUUUUACGUGGCUGAAGGCCAAGAGGACAAACACUCCAUACUGACUAACACAGCUGGCAGCCAGGCAUAUGAGGACUUUGUUUCUGGACUGGGGUGGGAGGUGGACCUGCCCACUCACUGUGGUUUCAUGGGAGGCCUUCAGAGAAAUCGCAGCACAGGCCAGACCACUCCUUACUACGCCACUUCCACUACUGAGGUCAUCUACCACGUCUCCACUCGCAUGCCCCACGACCAGGACCUUAACCUCACCAAGAAGCUCAGACAUCUUGGCAACGACGAAGUCCACAUCGUCUGGUCAGAACAUUCCAGGGACUACCGCCGCGGGAUCAUCCCCACUGAGUUCGGAGAUGUGCUAAUCAUCAUCUACCCCAUGAAGAACCACAUGUAUUCCAUCCACAUACUCAAAAAACCAGAGGUUCCUUUCUUUGGUCCGCUGUUUGAUGGAGCCAUUGUGGACAUGAAGAUUUUGCCCACCAUGGUGAGAGCGACAGCUAUCAACGCGAGCCGGGCCCUUAAAUCCCUCAUCCCUCUCUACCAGAACUUCUAUGAGGAGCGCGCCCGAUACUUAGAAAAUAUCGUGCAGAACCACCAGGAGCCAACCACGUUUGAGGAUUACGCAGCCCGAGUCUACAGUCCUGCUCCUUGCACUCACCUGCCCUCUGACACAGAUCGUAUUGUCUCACUUGCCUAUAGCUAAAAAGGCUCCUGCCUAGAGAUUCUUCGGGGAGAAAGUCCGGCUCUUGGGGAGGCCGGGAGCGACACGGCGUCCCCCAUGUCUCCUCGGACUAGCAAGAGCCGCAUGUCCAUGAAGCUGCGACGCUCCUCCGGAUCAGCCAAUAAGACCUGAAAUCCCCAAACUGCAGGACUCAGCCAGAACUCACACUUGAUAUCACAUUAGGAAACAAAAAGCUUUCAUAUCAGCCAAUCGGAGGUAUCAGGAUCCUCAAAAAUAAGCCAUUUUAAAUUGGUCCGUUUACAAAGCACACAAAAUUAGGUAUGUAAGCAAAUUAAUAUAAACUCUUGAGUAGGCGCUGAUUCAUCCCAGCAUGUUGCAUUUCUGGUUGGACCCUGGGCUUUAAUGGGCACACGUGUUCUCUUGUACUAAAUAUAUAUAAAAGUAUUCUAUGGGCAAUACUGUAAGUUUUAUUUUGAAAAAUACUCACAGAUGCUGCUCUGUAUAUCUACAGCUUUGCUUGGGGGGGUGAAAAAACAAAAAAACAAAAAACCACACACACACACACACACACAGAGACAAGUCAAACCAGUGUUGCAGCAUGUUGAGUAGUAAAAUUAGCAGUGCAGUAUUAGUUCAUAACAGCCUGUGCCAUGUUAGAAAGUGCACACAAUGCCAGUCGGUGUGAGCAGGACUGCAAAGAAGAAGAAAAGUGUCCUUUAAGGAAUCUGUAUAUUUGUACUAUAGGGUGUGUGUGUGUGUGUGUGUGUGCGCGCGUGCGUGCGUGUUGGGGGGAGCAGAGGCGGGAGUGGAGGCUGUAAAGAAAGCGAUAAGUCUAUUUUCUUUUUCUUUCUUUUUUUGUGCGCAGCACAGACCUGAAAUGAUAAAGAAAGUUAGUUUCUCAAGCCAAAAAAAAAAACCGUUCUCCGUGUUUGAAUCCAGAAUAAAAGUCUGAACUUCCUCUGAUGAUCAUUAACAGGACCGACCGAUGGAAGAGGAGGCACUUGCAUAUAUCAUUUUGUUUUCUUCUGAUGCUGUAAAACGAGCACUGAUAUUAAUAUUAACAUGUUGGGGUUUUUUCUUUUAAUUGACUGUAAACUGAGUUUUGACCCGAACAGGAAUGUUACUGUAUUUUUAGUCAGUCCUUGAUCUGAGGCAAAGAACCACAGCUUUUUCUUUCUUUGUUCCUUCGAGUAUAUGUUGUAUAUCUAUAUGAGUAUAAAUAUAUAUAUACAUACAUAGUAGAUAUAUGAAUAUCUAUAAGAAUGUGUACAGUGUAAGGAAGCUUGUUGUGCUUGUGUAAAUACGGUUAUAGCUGCCAAAGCCAAACUGUGGUUGAAAUCCAAACCACAGACUUGCUAGAAAACAAAACAAAAAGUAGGUUAGCGCUACAAGAUUUCAAGCUUUCAUAACCAGCUUGUUCUUCAUCGUCCAGGAAUUUAAAUUCAUUCUACGUUGUUCUUCCCGUGAUGGAGCUUGUAAAUCUGUAUGGAGGGAAUCAUCAUUCUCAUGAAUUACUGUAAAAGGCUGGUGGGUGGGGGGAAAGGGGACUGGUAUUUAAAACACACUUGAGCGUGUUGGGAUCUGGGUCCACAAAAGUCCACUAAGAGUUGGUUUAGUGCUUCAUUUUCAGUGUUUUGUAGGCAGAUUUCAGGGUUGGGGGGG